AAACUCCCGCCGCCCGCAACCUUACAAUCUAAAAUCAAAUAGAUAUGCAGCACAUGGUUUUAGAGAAACAUGAAGUGUGUAAAGGAUGAAGUCUCCAAAAUUGCUUGGUGGGUGGGAGCUGCCACUCCCUCCUUGGAGGAACCACCAAUUUCUUGCUCAGCGUGCUAGGCAACAUGCGGCUUUUUCCUCUGUCUGGCCAAUGGAGGGACCUGCUGAGCUGAGCCGAUCCUCAGCUGAGUUGCUGCCGCCGCGGCGUCCUCUCACGAAGAGCCCCAGCCAGCCGAGGGUUUCCCCCGCGUGCCACAUCUCCACCUCCACCUGCUGCCCGCACCGCCUUGGAGCGGAGGGAGGAGACCAGAGCCGCGUCCCGUCUCCUCCAUCACGUGGAGUGGGGGAAUGCCCUCCCGCGGCAGCCCUGCCCUAUUUGACCAGCCAGGCGAGCUGCGGACGGCGGUGGCUUGUCCUCCUCCUCCGCACAAUGAAGAUGCAUUUCAGCAUCCCUCUCUCCGAAGAGCUCCUGGAGAAGUUUGGCGGCCGUUAUGUGCUGUACUCUUUGUAUCUGGAAGGCUUCAUUUUCUGCAAGGUGCGUUACAGUCAGUUGCAUCGCUGGAAUGAGCAGCUAAGACGGGUCUUUGGAAGAGUCGUGCCUUCAUUUCCUCCCAAGUUCUACCUUGCAAUGACUAAAGCAAUGGCUGAUGAAAGGAGGGCUCAGCUAGAACAGUAUCUGCAGAAUGUGUCGAUUGAUCCAGCUAUUACAAACAGUGAUGUCUUCAUUAGUUUCUUUAGGAAAUUACAGCAGGAUACAUUUAAAAUCCCAACCCAACAAGCCUUUUUAGAUGUUUACCUUCCUGAUGGGAGGUAUCUGAGAAUUGAUAUUCAGACCUCAGAUACUGCUGAAAGAGUGCUAGAGGUUGUGUCAUACAAGAUUGGGCUUUCAAGAGAACUAAUAGGAUAUUUCAGUUUAUUUCUUAUCCAAGAUCACAGUGAUGGAAAGCUGUCUGUACUGAAAAAGAUGCCAGCGUUCGAACUUCCUUAUGUGAGUCUUCGGAAUAUGAAAGAAUCAUCUUGUAAGAUUGGGCUCAGAAAGUGGUACAUGGACCCUUCCCUUGACAAAAUGCUUAUGGAUUGCAGAACUUCAGUGAACUUACUUUAUAUGCAAGUUGUGCAGGAAAUGGAGAAGAACUGGAUCAAACCCACAGAGGGACAGAUGCAGAAACUUCAAAUGCUACAAAACGCACCAAACAAAAUGAAGUUUUUAGAGCUGGUUCGAGAGGUGCAGCAUUAUGGAUACACUCAGCUCGAUCCUUGCCCCUGUGACUACCCAGAAGUAGGCUGUACUGCUGCUAUUCAUGUGGGAAAUAAUGAGAUUAGCUGCUGCAUUAAGUUGCCUAGUAACCAGAUCAAAGAGGUCAGCUUCAAGAUCAACAGGGUGAGGUGCUGGCAGGUCACAUUCCUAGGAUCUGUUUUAGGCCAAGGACUUGAUCAGUUUCUAGAGCUCAGAUUGGAAUACAAUGAUUCAGACACAUGGAGAUGGAUUGUCUUUAAAACAAAGCAGGCAUUUCUCCUAAGCAGUUGCUUAAAAAAGAUAAUAUCGGAGCAGCUGAUUACGAUAACCAAAGGUGAUCGGGAAAUGGUGAGCCUAAGAACUGACUUGCAGUUGUUUGCUAUUAUCCCAGUCCUUGGGACAUCGAGCUGCCUGAGCCAGGUAAAACUAAGAAACCAAGCAUCCAUCCAAGUCAGAUAUUUCAUUCUAGCCUUCAACCAAGAAAAAGGAUAUCCAGUAAACCAAACGUGGAGGAUUGUGUAUUUGAAAAGAUAAGAGAAGAAGAUUUGUGAUUCGUGCUUUAGCUGUAGCUCUUUUUACUUUUAUAUAAGAAAUAGCCUGUGCAAAAGUAUGUAGCAAACGAUCACUUUGUUGGUUAUUUGUUUAACAGCACCUGGCAUAUAUAACAUUCUUGAUAUUUUAAAACAUCAGAGGCUUUUAGGAGCCAUAAUUUAAUAGAACUGGAAGCAGAUGUGUGUAAAUAUUUUGUAUAUACACUUGUUUUUAUUUUUAAAAUGUGUACAGGACCUCAAAAAUGGAAAACUGACAAGUUUUCUUUUCUUAUCUUGAAUCAAAGUAACAUCUUAUCAUUUCUUGGCCUUUUGGCUAAGAUCAAGUGUAGUGAAGUAACAUUUUUUACUUUGCUGAACACCUUGGAGGAAAUGUGACAUGACUGAGUUCAUAUUUGGACCUUGGAAUGCUCACCACUUGCAUUCCAUAGAAUACAAACUUUAAAAUGACUGAAAGCAACUGUAGCAGCUGCCACCUUUCAACCUCAUGAUGAAGUUGCACAUUGCACUGAAUCUUUGCAAGAUGUUCCUACAUACAAAAAACUUCUGUAAUCAAAGCCUUACAUUGGUGUUUCACCUGGAAAAUUCAUCCUGAUCCUUCAUUUCAAUCAGAAUACAACUCAAGCAAUGGAGGAUUUGUUUUAUAGGACUCCUAUAUGGAUCUUUAGCUCCUUCUAGAACCUGUAAAAUGUAGGUCUUCAUCUAACAUGUUUUGGGAAUGUCUUUGAUUUCUUCUCUCUUUUGCCUGUCUUGCAAUGGUUACUGUAAUAAUUACCCUCAGGACUGUUGGAAAUGUUUUGCCAGUUUUUAUUCCAACACAAUACAAUCUUUUUAAAAUGGU